AAUUACUCUCUCAAUUUCCCCUUUAUAAUCUCAUCAAUCAAAAUUGUCUUCAAAUUCUUUGCAAAGAUUAUACUGGGUUUCAUGAUCUGCAACCAAAAUUGAAAAUUUUCUUGAUCUAAGAUUUAAGGUAUCCCGUAUGCGAUUUUGUGAUAAAGUUUUAAGAUUGAUGUGGGUUUUGAGAAUUGGUAGAGAUUUAGGUUGAAAAAGCAAGAAAAAAAGGUUAUUUUUUGUUAGAAUAUGUAAAAGAGAGAUAGAAUGGUUAGGGCUACAUUUAAGAAAAUUGUUUAUCCAUGUUGGAAGCCAUAUUUUGGUGAAGAGGGUAGUCAGAAUAGUGGUACUAAAAAGGGGGAAUUCGGUGGGAUUGUCGAUGGGUUAUGGUGGUAUAAAGAUUAUGGGAAACAUGUUAAUGGUGAAUAUUCGAUAGCGGUGAUUGAAGCUAAUGCUGUGUUGGAGGAUCAAUGUCAACUUGAAUCCGGGUGUUUAAGUGCGGCCGAAUAUGGUCCUCGAGGGACUUUUGUUGGGAUUUAUGAUGGUCAUGGUGGCCCUGAAGCUUCUAGGUUUGUCAAUGACCGGUUGUUCGACAAUAUCAAAAAAUUCACAGCAGAGAGUCAAGAAAUGUCAGCUGACAUUAUACGAAAUGCGUUUCUUGCAACAGAAGAGGAGUUCCUUUCUUUAGUGGAGCAUGAAUGGCAUAGUAAUCCAAAAAUAGCCUCAGUUGGCACAUGCUGUUUGGUGGGUAUCAUAUGCAAUGGAGUACUGUACAUUGCAAAUGCUGGAGAUUCCCGUGCAGUAUUGGCAAGGGAAGAGAAAGUUGCCAAUGCAACCAAAGCUGUCCGAGUUUCAGAAGAACAUAAUGCUAGCUAUGAAUCUGUUAGGGAGGAACUACAAGCAUUGCAUCCAAAUGAUCCUAAUAUUGUACUAUUAAAGCAUAAUGUCUGGCGUGUGAGGGGUCUUAUUCAGAUCUCCAGGUCUAUUGGAGAUGCCUAUCUGAAGAAAGCAGAAUUUAAUAAACCCCCGUUAUUGCAAAAGUUCAGACAGCCUGGAUCUUUCAGCCAGCCGAUUUUAAAAGCCGAACCAGCCAUACUAGUGCAAAAGCUAACCCCUGAAGAUCAGUUUCUUAUUUUUGCCUCGGAUGGUCUGUGGGAGCAUCUUAGUGAUCAAGAAGCUGUUGAUAUAGUCAAAAGUUCUCCACGUGAUGGAAUUGCCAGGACUCUUGUAAAAGCUGCACUUGGUGAAGCAGCAAGGAAACGAGAAUUGAGAUACUCAGACCUGAAGAAAGUAGAUCGAGGAGUAAGAAGACACUUCCACGAUGACAUCACAGUAAUAGUUUUGUUUCUAAACAGCCAGUCACCAACUCGAAGUUCAUCUGGUGGGCCCAUUGUAUCGGUGAAGAGUCCCAUGUCCUCUUAAUUUUUUCAUUAUUUUUUGAUAAAUAAAAAUGAAAGAUUUUGCAGAUGAAGAAAAGCUUUGCUCUUUCAAGUAAAUGUAAUAAAAACACAGUUGAUGAUUAUGUCAAGAAGGUUCUAGUGGGAAAUCGUCUCAUUAGAAGUUCUAAUGAUUGGCGUAUGAAGCUAACUUGCCUUGCAGUUGUGUUCUUGUUGGAUUUUUUUUUUUUCCAUCUCUUGUUUCGGAUUUAAAUGCAGAUGCAUCUCAGUUUUGUUUUUGAUUGAUUGUUUGUGUACUUAAAGACAGAUUUUAUCUGAAUAGACUCCAUGUUAUUUUGCAA